ACGGCAUGGGGCUGUACGCGGCGGCGGCGGCCGUGUUGGCGGGCGUGGAGAGUCGCCAGGGCUCCCUCAAGAGCCUGGUGUAUUCCAGCAGCUUCCAGAACGUGAAGCAGUUGUACGCGCUGGUGUGCGAGACGCAGCGCUACUCGGCCGUGCUGGACGCCGUGAUCGCCAGCGCCGGGCUCCUACGCGCCGAGAAGAAGCUGCGGCCACACCUGGCCAAGGUGCUAGUGUAUGACUUGUUGCUGGGGAAAGGCUUUCGAGGGGCUGGAGGCCGAUGGAAGGCUCUGCUGGGACGGCACCAGGCAAGGCUCAAGGCUGAGUUGGCCCGGCUCAAGGUUCAACGGGGUGUGAGCCGAAAUGAGGACCUGUUGCAAGAGAGAUCCAGGCCUGGCCAAGCCUUCCAGGUACCUCGGUUUGUGCGUGUGAACACGCUCAAGACCUGCCCUGAGGACGCGAUUGAUUAUUUCAAGAGACAAGGUUUCUCCUACCAGGGUCGGGCUUCCAGCCUAGAGGACUUGCGGACCCUCAAGGGGCAACAUUUUCUUUUGGACCCUUUGUUGCCUGAGCUGCUUGUGUUCCCUGCACAGACAGAUCUGCAUGAGCAUCCGCUCUACCACGCUGGCCAUCUCAUCCUGCAGGAUAAGGCCAGCUGCCUCCCAGCCAUGCUGCUGUCUCCCCCGCCAGGCUCCCAUGUCAUUGAUGCCUGUGCUGCCCCUGGCAACAAGACCAGUUACAUUGCUGCUCUUCUGAAGAACCAGGGGAAGAUCUUUGCUUUCGACCAGGAUGCUAAGCGGCUGGCAGCCAUGGCUACAUUGCUGGCUCGAGCUGGGGUCUCUUGCUGCGAGUUAGCAGAGAAGGACUUCCUGACAGUUUCUCCCACUGACCAGCGCUAUGGCCAGGUCCAGUACAUCUUGCUGGAUCCUUCUUGUAGUGGCUCUGGUAUGCUGAGCCGGCAGCUGGAGGAACAUGGGGGAGGCACACCUAGCAAGGAGCGCUUGCAGGCCUUGGCAGGGUUCCAGCAGCGGGCUCUGUGCCAUGCACUCGCCUUCCCCUCUCUGCAACGCCUAGUCUACUCCACAUGUUCCCUUUGCCAAGAAGAGAAUGAAGAUGUGGUCCAAGAGGCUCUACAGCAGAACUCAGGGGUCUUCAGACUAGCUCCUGUCCUACCCACGUGGCCUCACCGAGGUCUGAAUACCUUCCCAGGGUCUGAACACUGUCUCCGGGCUUCCCCUGAGACUACACUCACUGGAGGCUUCUUUAUUGCUGUGUUUGAACGGGCAGAAGUGCCCAGCCCCACAGGACAAAGCACUGGCUCCAGAACCUCUCAGCAAAGCUCCAAAGAGAAAGAAAAGACGCAAAGCAGCAGCUGGUGCCAACAUGCAGCCAAGCACAUAGUGGCCACUGUGAGCCCUACAACCAGUAAAACCACCCUCAUUGUGUGGGAACCCGACUCCUCUAGAAAGGGCAGAUGAUGUCCUGGCCCUCCCUGUA